CUGGGAAAUUGUAUGAUAUCAAUCAUUCUCGUUUUUCGUCUGUUUGCUCCCCGGCGACCGACAACAGCUGUCACUGAUUCUAGAGUCGCGCGCCCGCCUGACAGCUGCCACCCUGGUUGGUCACCCUUGGUCACCCCCAGGGUGGCUGCAGUACCCGUCACGGGGUCAUCGCCGCUGUCAUCCGCUGCGGAUGUGGCGUCCCUCCCGCUUGGCUGCCGACAUCGCCAGCCAGGACGUGUGGAAAGCGCUCAACUGCAACCCCGCACCCACUUCGGAGACAGCCCCCAGUACCACCCCAAACAGGACGGCUCGCGCUUCUGGCGGCACGGCAUCCUGCGCGAGCAGGCGCCCUGCCUGGUGCCGAGGACGGCGGCAGGGCGCCUUGUCGGUGAACAGGAUGCGUCGGCUGUUGGAACUCGUCCAGUGGAGCCGACCCAAGCAAUCUCAAUACCUCUAUGCCUCUUUUUUUGUCAGCGUUCCAUUCGGCUGUUGUGAACCUUGCUAGUGCCGGUGCUCUGGUACCGACAGAUGGACGACGAGAAUCUCGAAGCAGAUCGAGUCUCCCAUUUUUCUUCUUUGACAGCUUCUCCAUGUUGGGAAAUGCCCUCCUAUCCUUUGUCUAAUUCCUACCCCUUGUCCUAUCUCGCCUUGUUCAUUGUUCACUCACCCGGAUCGCCCUUCGCCUUUGUAACCCGCAAAGGGCAGCGAAACUGCGCCUCCCUCGUCACUCCCGUCAUGGAUAUAUAAAACCCGUCCAUAAACGAACGUCCUUCACCAGCUUGUCAACCAUCCCCAACCCGUCCAGCGAUCAGCAAGCCCACUUUUUCCUCUCGGCCCGCUCUACUAUCCGCCGUGCUUGUUCCAUCUCAGGGAACACCCGGCUGUUCCAGCCUGAUCCCGACGAUAACAGGCCUGUCAGUCGACUCGGGUCGACACGAGGCCCCUGCGGCCGGCACCGUCCUGUUCACCAUCGGUGGGCCCCGUGACCCGGAAUCACGUCUCGGGAAAACCCCUGUACGGCAAGGAUAGGGAAUGGCUUCCCAGGCUGCCGGCGGCCACAUGGCUGCCGACGAAGAGAAUCAUACCGAUCGCGUCGACCGCAAGAGGGCAUCCGUAGUUAGCGCUACGGCUUCCAGCAGCGCAUCUCUCUCCAUUGGAGCCAUGGAGCCGCCCAGGGCCUUUGCCACUGGCAACGACGCGUUGCCAACAGGUGCCCGAGGCCCCGUCAGCGCUGAAGAUGCUGGAGGCCCGCCGCCUCCACCCGAGGCCGGGCGCACUAAGAUGCAGACCGCACUCAUCGUCAUGACGCUAGCCACGACCUUGUUCGUCGCCGCCCUCGACAUCUCCAUCGUGACCGUCUCGAUUCCCGCCAUCGCGCUCGAGUUCCAGUCCACCGUCGGCUUUACCUGGAUCGGAUCCGCCUACCUGCUGGCCAACGCUUCGACAGCCCCGGUCUGGGGCAAGAUAUCCGACAUUUGGGGCAGGAAGCCCAUUCUCCUCCUGACCGUCGUCGUCUUCUGGAUUGGCUCCCUUCUUUGCGCCCUAAGCACGAGCAUGAACAUGUUAAUUAUCAGCCGCGCGGUGCAGGGCAUGGGCGGAGGCGGCAUCAUCAUCCUGGUCAACGUUUGCAUCGGCGACCUCUUCAGCCCGCGCCAUCGGGGAAUCUACUACGGCAUAAUGGGAAUCGUCUGGGCUGUUGCGGGAGGCGUCGGGCCCGUACUCGGCGGCUUCUUCACAGAGACCAUCUCGUGGCGGUGGUGCUUCUGGAUCAACCUGCCCGUGGCUGGUGUUGGCUUCAUAAUUCUCGCUGUCGUCCUGAAGCUCCACAACCCGCGCACCCCCAUGCGCAAGGGCCUGGCGGCCGUGGACUGGCUCGGCUCGCUGGCCAUCAUCGGGGCCACCGUCAUGGUGCUCAUGGGCCUCACCCUUGGCGGCGUCUUGUUUCCAUGGAGUUCCCCGACCGUCGUCUGCCUCCUGGUGUUCGGCGCUGCGCUCUUUGGCGCCUUCGUCGUGGUGGAGCGUUACUUUGCGCCCUUCCCCUUGAUCCCUGCCUCCAUCUUCACCAAGCGCAGUAACCAGUUUGUGCUAGGGGCCGCUUUCUUCCACGGCUUUGUGACCAUUGCGGGCUUUUACUUCCUGCCUCUCUACUUCCAGGCCGUCCUGGGCGCCACCCCGCUCAUGUCGGGUGUGUACAUCCUGCCGUUUGGCACCGCGCUCUCGCUCAUGUCGAUCGGGUCCGGGUUCAUCAUCAAGAUCCUGGGCACAUAUCUCGGCCCCAUCGUCUUUGGAUUCGCACUCAUGACCAUCGGCUUUGGGCUGUUCGUUGACCUGGGCGGCCCGUCCGCGUCCGGGCCCGACUGGGCCAAGCUGAUCCUGUACCAGAUCGUCGCCGGCAUCGGCACGGGCCCCAACUUCCAGGGCCCGCUCAUCGCGCUCCAGACGUUCGUGGCGCCGUCCGAGGUGGCCAGCGCGACGGCCACGUUCCACUUCGUGCGGCAGCUCAGCACCGCCAUCUCGGUCGUUAUCGGCGGCGUCGUGUUCCAGAACACGAUGGAGGGCCAGCGCGGGCGCCUGCUCGAGGCCGUGGGGCCCGAGAUCGCCUCGCUGCUCACGGGCGCCGACGCGGCCGCCAGCGUCGGCACCGUGGCCCAGAUAACCGGCGAGGCGGGCCUGGUGGCGCGCGGCGCCUACUGGCUGAGCCUGCGCACAAUGUUCACCAUGUACGUGGCCUUUGCCGGCCUCGGGCUCGUCUGCAGCGUCUUCAUCGGCUCUAAGAAACUGAGCGAGGAGCACGAGGAGCACCGCACCGGCCUCAAGUCGCUCGCCCGUGGGCGGCCGGCGACGGCUGGUGCCGAGGAGCCAAGUGCCGCCGCCGCUGUGGACAGGGCGCCCAUGGAGCUGCAGAAUAGGUGAGGUUUGGGAACGUGUCGCUUCAACAGCGAGGAUAUAGACCCACUUGGUAGCUAUCAGCCACUAAGCGGGGGCCUUCGCUUUUGUCGUUACAACAGCGUAAUCAUGUAUGAAUCUCUAAAUAAAGCAAUCUAAUGCUUAAAACUCUCCAUGCGG